ACGCGCGGCGCCGAAAGUGCAGAACGCGUAACAACACGACCACCACCACGACGCCAACGACGACGACGACGACGUCGGUUCUCGCGGGCAAAAACUGCCGAGUGUAGUCAGUAUUCGAAGGGCCGCGCACCAGUUUCAGUCGACGAAAUGGACCGGUUUCGGCACCACCGGCCUCUUUUCAAGACGUGUUUGUGCGUCCUGCUGCUGUGCUUCGCUACGACAACGUUUUCUUCAGCUCUUGACGUCGACAAUGCCACAAGGAAUGGCAAGAAAUUGUUGUCAUCAGACGGCGGUUCUGAAGUUCUUUCUGAGGGAUGUCAACCAGAUAAGCUUACCGUUUAUAAAGUCAUCUUGCAUACGUUUUGGUCCAGGGACAAAUUUCCGAAACAUUUUCCAGAUUGGAGACCAACAGCUCAAUGGUCUAAAGUUAUUGGUAGAAGCCAUGACAAGUCAUUUACCCUCUUCAAGUUGGGUCAGAAAUCGUCACCAGGGGUGAAAGCGUUUGCCGAAACAGGUCGAUCUGACCUUUUAGAGGAACAGAGUCAAGGCGAAGGUGGCAUAUACGAUGAAUUCAACGCUCCCCCAAUAGCCACAGGAGUGGGACGCACCGAGGCGGAGUUUUUCGUCGAUGGAAAUCACUCCAAGGUUUCCCUUAUAUCAAAGAUAAUUCCAUCGCCGGAUUGGUUUAUCGGCAUCGACAGUUUCGAUUUGUGCGUGAAUGGGAAUUGGUUGGACAGCAUCACAAUUGAGGUGGACCCCGUGGAUGCAGGUACCGAUAAUGGGUUCACGUUCACGGCCCCCAACUGGCCCACGGAACCCCAGGGGGUGGCGUAUCGCAUCACGUCUCGGUACCCAUCGCACCCCGCCGGCUCCUUCUUCUAUCCCUACAUGAAGAGGCUUCCGGCUAUCGGCACGUUCCAAUUUAUCAAGGUCAAAGAAUACGAAUUGAGCGAAGUUUUUCAUCACUCCGAAGACGACCAACAUUACGAAGUUCUCAAGAUGGAACACCUGUCCCAAAAUAGUAUCAAUGUAUUAAAUGGAAAUAGUGACAUCGAAGUCGCAAUUGAAGAGGAACGAAAAGAACAGGAAGUUCAUCAAUAUCCAAAACCACAUCAAAGAAUGCAACAGUUCUUAUACACUACAACUUCAUCCAGCAGUUCACCUAAUAAGAAAAUAACGGAAUCUAGCAGAGAAUCUAAUACGAUCCGUCAAGCGGAUGAGGCGACAACCAGGGUAUCCCUGCAGGAUAUGAUACCUAGGGGCAACAAGGAUGCCAUCAUGAAUAGCAUAGUGGACUCGUACCGGACCCACUCAAAGGAUCACCGCAGGAAAAAGUACCGUAAACCGAAGAAGACGCGUCCACCCAGAGAUUGUAGGGUUGGUGAAUGGGGUCCUUGGAGUGCCUGCAGUAAAUCUUGCGGCAUUGGCGAAAUGCAACGUAGAAGGGAGGUCAUCAAGCACGCUAGAAGAGGAGGAAGAUUAUGUCCUCCCCUCCUGGAAACGAAAUGGUGCGGAUCAGCAAGAUCGUGUAACCGCAGCUACUUCCAAUGGUAAAUGUGUCUGUCUCGAUUUGAAGAGUGUUUAGCCAAGAAGCAUGUCUCCAGUAUUACAAUCCACAGUCGGUCGUUGCAUAGAGGUUAAAGUAACAGAAGAAUCUACAGCUGUGUUUAGUGUACAAAAAAAAUAAGCCAUCAGGACUUCGUGCUGUUUUUGACAAUUCGAGCCAAACAUUAACGAAAACGAGUAUUAACGUCGAUCUGCAUCGUCGACUCGUAAAAGAAGUUGACCGGCUUUUUGAAGUGAAGCAGCAAUGCUCAGUGAAUGUUUUGUCGGUUAAUAUCAGAGUCUCUUUCAACAAAAAUAAAUAAAUAAACGUAUUUCGUCUGAUGUAGACAAACAAUAACGAGUCCGACAAACAUAUUCGUAAUGAGUAUCUAAAAAAAAAUAAUAACGAAUACCGUACGUUUUCGUAAUACUCAAAGCAAACUGGAAACCCAAAGAUACUUUGCUUUUUUCUCUAAUCUGCACGACCUUCAUUCUUCUCAUCAUCUGUCCAAUCCAUGUGUCAGAUAUAGUCAUAGAUGUUCGUGUAUAUAUGUUAAUGACGUCACGUGUAUUUAUGUUGAGUUUUACGAAAACGUCCAGUUAGAAAAUUUUGAAAUAGCUCACUAACAAUCAGAUACGACGAUACAGAUGCUCGUUAUCGAAUAUGUUUGAUUUUCUAUCUAGGGAUUUUAUCUGUAAUUUUUAAAUGUAUAUGUUCGUAACAACAAUUAAGUAUAUCUUUUGUAUAUUUUAAAAAUACACAAUAACUACUUUUGUGGCAAAAAGACUAAAAUAAAACAGAAUUUAACAACUCCUUAAA